AUGGACGCUCCGCCGGAUAUCGUCCCCUCGGUCGAGGAGGCAUCCGUCGCACACCACCAUGUGCCUGCCGCUGUGGCUCUGACUCCACCUACCAGCGAGGAGAACGACAAGCGCGAGGAAAGGAUGUCUUCGGAAUUGACGGAUAUCGAUAGCGACGAUGGCGAGGACAUCGAGCCUGACCAUUACUUUGAGGGAGGCAAGAUUCCCGUCUUCAAGCCGACCAUGGAUCAAUUUCGCAAUUUCAAGCGCUUCAUUGACAAGAUCGACAAGCAUGGCAUGAAGUCGGGCAUUGUCAAGGUCAUUCCGCCAAAAGAAUGGCGCGACUCUCUCCCCGACCUCAGCGAAGCGGUCAAAAGUAUCAAAGUCAAGAACCCAAUUACACAGGAAUUCGCCGGACAGCACGGAAUCUACACACAGGCCAAUAUCGAGAAGCAGCGAUCCUACAACCUGCCAGAGUGGCGUGCCGUCACCGACGAGGCGCAUCAUCAACCUCCGGCUAAGCGAGGCGAGCGACGGAAAGCCGCCGCAGAGGCCCCAUCUCGUACCCGCUCCACACGUGCUCAGGCCGCCCCCACAAACGCCGAUGAAGGCUCCCCGGCUCCGAGGCGUGGACCUGGCCGUCCACCACGGAGGCGUCAGGUCAAGAAAGAGCAGGCCGACGACGACGAGGAGGAAGAGGAGGAGGAUGCGUCCAUGGAUGUCCCUCCUACGCCUACGUCCCCUGGCAGAGAAGAGAAGAAGACUACCACCACCAGGACCAGAACGAAGAAGGAGCCCAAGCAGGAGGCUACCCCAUCCAGGACACGCGGUCGCCAGCCAAAGGCAGGAGUCGACCAGAAGAAAUCCGUCUCUUCGCGUCGACUAAACAACCGUGGCGCCGUCGCAGAUUCUAUUGACGAGGCUGCCUUUGGGGGCUUCGACUACCAUCUCCCCGGCCUGGAAGAGUUCUCGGUCGAGCGAUGCAAGGAACUGGAAGACAAUUACUGGAAGACCAUCAAUUAUGGAUCGCCCAUGUACGGGGCUGACAUGCCUGGAUCUCUCUUCGACGACCGUACUACAUGUUGGAACGUCGCAAAGCUGCCGAAUUUGCUCGACGUACUUGGUACCAAAGUCCCCGGUGUCAACACAGCCUAUCUCUAUCUGGGCAUGUGGAAAGCUACAUUCGCCUGGCAUUUGGAGGAUGUCGAUCUCUACAGUAUCAACUACAUUCAUUUCGGUGCACCUAAACAGUGGUACAGCAUCUCGCAGGAAGACGCUCGCCGAUUUGAAGCCGCCAUGAAGAGCAUCUGGCCGAAUGAUGCGAAACACUGCUCCCAAUUCCUGCGACACAAGACCUAUCUGAUCUCGCCUCAGCGUUUAGAAAGGGACUUUGGCAUCAAAGUCAACCGGCUGGUUCACUACGAGGGCGAAUUCGUCAUUACAUAUCCCUAUGGCUAUCACUCUGGAUACAACAUUGGUUACAACUGUGCCGAGUCAGUCAACUUUGCUAAUGAAUCAUGGCUGAGCUACGGACGGAUCGCCAAAAAAUGCAACUGCGAGUCAGACAGCGUAUGGGUCGAUGUUAACGAGAUCGAGCGCAAGCUGCGUGGUGAACCGACCCCGGAGUAUUACGAAGAGACGGACGAUGACGAUGACGAAGAGGAUGGUGCAGACCAUCUUCCGAGCCCUCCACCGAGCGUCGUCGGCAAGGCGAAGAGCAAGUCAGGCCGCAAGGCAGCCAACAACAAGCGAAAGCGUACCAAGGAAGAAUCAAAGGAGGCCCCGCGAUCUAAGAAGCUCAAGCGUAUUCGCAUUCGUAUCAGGAUUCCUGGUAGAGGCAUGCCCUGCAUCCUUUGCCCGAAUGAUGUCGAGUACGAUGAUUUACUUCCGACUGAUAAUGGCAUGAAGGCUCAUCGCAUCUGUGCCGACUACACGCCUGAGACGUUCAUUGUCAACAAGGCUGAAGGCGAGAUGGUGUGCAACGUUGCGAAUAUCGGCAAGGAUCGUCUCGAGCUCAAAUGCAACUACUGUCGCUCGAAGCGUGGCGCUGUCUUCCAAUGCUCGCAGAAAAAGUGUACGAGGGCGUUCCAUGCUACGUGUGCGGUGGCAGCUGGAGUGCAAGUAGACCUGGGUCCCAUGCCGACGUUUGACGAGGAAGGUACAGAGUACUUUUACGACGGUUACGACUUCCGAUGCCGUUUCCAUCGGCCGAAGAAGAGGAAUAACAAGACUGUCGACGUUGAUGCUCUGGAAAAGGACAAGUUUAUCAUGGCAUAUGGCAAGACGCUGAAGCCCAAGGAUGUCAUCCAGUUCCAAUAUGUUGGCGGUGAAAUGUACCAGAUCUAUGGCGCACAGGUCGUGGAGAAUAGACCCGGUGAACAGGCUGUGCUGGUAGAUGUACUUCCUGACGGCGACCGCGUAGAAGUGGAAUGGAAGUAUAUCCUCAAGCUUCACCCGGAUGAGUCUCAGCGACCGAAGCCAUCUGCGAACGCUAAGCCACUUCCUGAGCAUCUCAAGGAGAGCGAUGCGUCGCUCGACAUCACUAACCGAACAGAUGGUGUACCCGAGAUGGGUGAUCCAUUCCACGAUCCCAACUCCGAGCAGAAGUGGGCUGAGUGGCACACUGCACCAGAGGUCGCUCAAAGGAUUGCAAAGGUCGACUUGAGCAAGGAGAACCAACUUUGGUACUACCUUGGAAAGUCAUCCACCGAGGCGAAGCCACAGUACACUGAGAACCUUGCGAAGCAGAGGAACAAUCCCAAGAGCAACUUCCUCGACACUGUCAAGCCCCCGCCUCCACCUGUACCCACGUUCCACCGGACUGCCUAUCCUGCUACGUACCCGCUCAAACCUGCGCCCAUUACUGUGCCUCCACGAACGCCUGUACAGCAACAGUUGCAGCCCAGCCGGCCGUACCAGUAUAGACCUAAAGAGCCCGCGAUGAACUCUUGGAAGUCACCUGUUUACAACCCUGAUACUAGGAAGAACCCGAAUUCGCCAGUUGCCCAUCAGCCAAAUGUCAGCUACGAUCAUCGGCCUCCGCUCUCACCAUACGGGCAGGGAGUGUUCCAAGGCUACCAUUCUCAUCGUCCGCCCCAGUCAUCGCAGCAACAGCAGCCACAGCCACAACAAUAUCAGUAUCAUCCCUAUGUACCACAACAGUCGUGCUCGCCUUCAAAUUGGAAAGCACAAGCUGCUACAAUUGAUCCUAAUCUGCAGAAUGGGGUUGGCCAAUAUGCUCACUCUUCCCAGCACAACAAGCCUCUACCACCAUAUCCAUACUCACAAGGACUGUCACCAUCGCCCUAUUCUCACGGUCCAGGACCGCAGAGCUCAGCCUCGACAUAUAGCCACCCGACUCAAGGCACUGGCCACGGUCGAUCGUCGAUGACAAACAUGCUGAGCAACCCAAGUGGGCCUCCUAAACCACCAAAGUACGCCAUAAUACCCUCCACCUCCUCUAUUAUUUAUGCUGCCCAAUCCCCUACUGAAUAUCUUGCCUAUGUUAUGAACUAUCCUUAUCUGCGCAAUGCCUACCUCAGAAGAACAAAAACUUACAUUUCUCCCUACAGUCUGGAUGGCGGAAUUGCGUCGGAGUGGAUGCCGAAACAGAUACAGGUGCCAGCGCCAAAUACGCCAGGUGUGGGUAUCGGUAUCAAGCCGCCAGGUGGUGGUGGAACGACAAUGGCGACACAGCAGGGAUAUUACCACCCUCACCAUGGCCCUCCCCAAACGACUUCAUCCAUGGCAAGUGUCGGUGUCAGCACCGGUGCAUCUUCGGGCCCGCCUGCCCCCAGACCAGCACCGCAGUUCCAAUCCCCCGAUGCCUUUCAGCGCGAAAUGGCGCGUUCGACACAGCCAGCCGAGGCGCCCAAGUGGGAACAAAUGCUCAAGCAACUUGCCACUUCUGCUGGCCCUGGUCCUGGUCUUGUUCCAACAGCUUCACCUUCAGAUCCCUCAUCUUCCUCUUCUCCCUCGUCUGCACCGCAACCGAAAUAUCCCCCGUCUGGCCCCAGAUCCGGACUCACAUAUGAGCUACCGAGGAGUCUGUCGCACGCCAGUGUUAGCGUGGGCACGCCGACGCCCGAAACAACGCCUAGGGAAAUGCAGAGGCCGACGCCGAGCCCGAUUAGUGAUGACGGGAAGAGUGACGCUGCUGCUGCUGCUGCUGUUGCUGGCAGUAAUAGUGCCACCGAUGCCACUGAUGGUGCUGAUGGCGCUCCCGCUCCCGCUUCCGCUCUCACGCAAACCACAGCCGCACCCAUUGUCCCUGCCGCCGCUGGGGCGUUGGCUCCGCUGCAACAGGGACCGCAUGUUCAUGGCGCGGAGACGUGGCGCUAUUCUUGA